AUGAUCGAGCUUUUCACGAUUUUCGGCAAGGGAGGACUCGUCUAUUGGUGUUUGCAAGAAGGUGGUCAACUCUUCACCGAAUCGAUCAACAAGUUGAUUCGCGAUGUGCUUAUGCAGGAACGCGGUGACGUCAAUCAAUUCAAGCACAAUAACAUGACGAUCAAAUUCCAUAUGGACAACGAGUUCGAGCUGGUGUUUAUGGUCGUCUACCAAUCGAUCAUUCAAUUAUCAUAUGCUGACAAAUUGCUCACGGAAGUGAAUAAACGUUUCCGAGAUCUCUACAAGAAUGUGCUCGACAACAAGCAAAUGAUGUAUCUACAUGGAAUGAACUCGUUUAUGCACUUUACGGAAGAAUUUGAAGGCAUUCAUAAUCAAUGUAUGCGUCAGAGUUUGAACGAGGCUGAAGUUGUGCGUAAACCAAAGACAUUCCAGGAGAGCCAUAAGUCGCAGAAGACCGUCGAAUCGUUGAUCGUCUCACGCCCAGGCGAUGACAAAAACAAGAAAAAUGAAGCAGCUAAGAAGCAAACAAAGGCUAGUGAGAAGCCGAUUGAAGUGCCCAAAGGCUCACCACCAUCACCAAUUAUGGGAAGCGGCGCAAGCUCGGAUGAAGAGGAUGAUACGAAACGAAAACGAGAAGAAUUUAUGCGAAAGAUGAAAGGAGGAGCUUCAAAGGCCAAAGAAGCACCAGCUUCACCUGAAGCCCAAAAGAAGAAGGGGAAGGAGGCGCGAGUGUGGAAUCUGAGUGGGAAGACAAAAGACGUGCCAGUUCUCGACUACUCAUCCGGAAAAGCUGAAGAUGCAGAAGGAAAUGGAGAAGGAGUCGAGGAUUUGAAAUUUGUCGAAGAACAACGUCAAUUUGUCGGACGCUCAGCUAAACUUGAAGAUCUACAAGAAUCAGACGACGAAGAGGAAGAUGAUGCUGUUGUCGAAGAGCGUGCUUCAAGCGGUGGAUGGUUCAGCUCACUAAAGAAUCUAGUCGGAAGCAAGAAGAUCACCCCCGAGGAUGUCGAGCCGUUGAUGGAGAAAAUGCGAGAAAACUUGAUCCUAAAGAAUGUUGCGGCUGAGCCAGCAGAGAAAAUUUGUCAAUCUGUCGCGAAGAAAUUGGAAGGAAAAGUGAUCGGUACAUUCACUCGAAUCAACAGUGAAGUUAAAGAAGCCAUUCGCGAAUCGCUCACUCAGCUUCUUACUCCCAAGCGUCGUGUCGAUAUUCUCCGUGAUGUGAUUGAAGCGAAAAAGGAAAAACGCCCGUAUGUGGUCGUAUUUUGCGGUGUAAACGGCGUUGGAAAAAGUACAAAUUUGGCGAAGAUCACCUUCUGGCUUAACGAAAAUGGUCAUCGCGUUCUAAUCGCCGCCGGUGACACAUUCAGGGCUGGAGCCGUUGAACAACUUCGAACACAUACGAGACAUCUAAAUGCUCUGCAUCCCGAUUCGGUGCAGCUCUACGAACAAGGCUAUGGAAAGGACCCAGCUGGAUUGGCUGCCGCAGCAAUUGCGAUUGCUCAAGAACGAGGACACGACGUCGUUUUGGUGGAUACCUCCGGAAGAAUGCAAGAUAACGAACCGCUGAUGAGAGCUUUGGCUAAGUUGAUCCGUGUGAAUGAGCCUGAUUUGUGCCUGUUCGUUGGAGAGGCUCUAGUCGGUAAUGAAGCCGUCGAUCAACUCGUCAAAUUUAAUCAGGCACUUGCUGAUCAUGCUAGUCCGGGAGCUGAACCACGUCUCAUUGAUGGAAUUGUGCUCACCAAGUUCGACACAAUCGAUGACAAGGUUGGAGCAGCCAUCUCGAUGACUUACAUCACCGGUCAACCAAUCGUUUUUGUUGGAUGUGGACAAACCUACAGGGAUCUUCGCACACUUAACGCUGCUGCCGUCGUCACAGCACUUCUCAAA